GCUUCUGCAUAAUUUGAAAUUUCCCUCUGGGUUUUCAACUUAAACCGUAUAUCCCACACAAUGAUCAGUGCAACAGACCUCUACCAUAUUCUCACAGCAGUGGUGCCGCUCUAUGUGGCCAUGAUCUUGGCUUAUGGCUCAAUAAAAUGGUGGAAUAUCUUAACCACUGAUUAGUAAAGACUUAACCAACUUUCUAGCGACAAAAAAAAGCAACAAAAAAAGAAGCAAGCGAAUUAAACACAGAACAUACAGUUGGACAACUUAAAUCCUUCCAACAAACUUCUCCUCGUCUUCUCCGCACCCAUCUCUCUUCACAUUACAUUACUAAAACUCUCACUCAACUCUAAAAAAUUCUCAAUCCCAACUCUCUCAAACCAUGGCAGCUUCAUCAUCUUCAUUCCUCACCAAACUCUCAAUCUCAAACAAACUAAUUUCCUUCUCCUCCUCUCUCCCCCCCAUUUUCCUUCCACAUUUCCGUUAAUAAAACACCGCCAAACGCUCCUGCAACAACGAAAAUGCGUUGACAGUCCCAUCCAAGAUCCGCGAAAUUUUCAUGCCGGCGCUCAGUUCUACAAUGACCGAGGGCUAAAUUGUCUCCUGGAUUAAAUCGGAAGGCGAAGUGUUAUCCAAAGGGGAAAGCGUCAUCUUCUGCUCCGGCUAUGACGUCACUGUCCAGUAAAGCUGGUGAUGGGGAUGGAGAGUUAUUUGAAUAAUUGCUUACCAUCAGAUCGUACUAUUCAAAAUAUAAAGUUUAUUUUUGCAAUAAAACUUUAGUCAAACUGUAAAUUUCAAUUAAUUUUAGUCAGCAGGUACCCUUGAGAAUAUUUAGGUGUUUUAAAGGUAUUUGUCUAAAAAUCUCAAGUUAAAAAGCCCGCCGGACCCGGCCCGAACCCAGCCAUGAACAGGUCUAGUUUAGAGUGGUUAUUGUAAAAAUUGAGAAAGAGAAUAAACCAUGCUUAAACCCCCCAAAUCAAUAAACAAAAUUCCAACCAUCAAAUGGCUAAAUCUCUUUCCCUUCUCUUCCUCCGUCCGAAACCCACUUCCCUUUUCUUUUCAAAACCCAAAUCUUUACUCAUCUUUUCAUCACUUCCCCGAAACCUCUUCUCCACAACCUCCACACCCUACCCACUUCAAUAUGACCUCAUCAUCACCCGCCCAGCUCACUCCCCUUCUCCCCAUACCCGCUCUCUACCCGCCCGGGUCACGAAGGCCGACUCUGAUACCUCUCCCGACCAAGAUUCUGAUCUGGGUCUUGACUCAUGGGUUGAUCAGAAACUGUCCACGGAUAAAUCCAAGAGAAAGUAUUAUAGUAAGAGGAGAAAAAGAAUGUAUGGGUCUGAUUCUGAUGAUGAAAACAGGAGCAAAGAUGAUGGCUUCGUUGAAUUAAAGCCUGAAGUUGCCAACUUUAAGAGCUUGCACAAGAGGGAAGAGGAGUUGCAUUUUUAUGAUGCGUUUGCUUAUCCAUGGGAGAAAGAUAAGCAUUAUAAAAUGGUUUAUCAGCUGGAGAAGAAAUACUACCCUGACCAGUGUUUUGACAAGGCGUUUCUUGAUCCUCAAGCUUCUAAGUCUAGCCAAAAUGGAGAGAAAAGAAAUGAGAAGAGGGUAGGUGACAGAGAUGAAGAUGAAGGGGUGGUGUUCUUUGAGGAGCAGGAGAAGAAAGAUUUGAAUUUGGUGGAGACAAACUCCAUAAAGAAUGCUGAUAAAGAUGUUACAGAGAGGAAAGUGGAGGAGUUCUUCAAGUGUUUGAAGAAAGUCCCCAACAAAAAUAAUGAACUUGACAAUGGGGAACCUUAUCUUCUUACUAGGACCACCGAGCUUCCGCCUAGGUGGGAUGGUCCCAAUGGAACUGUGGUUUUGGUCAAUAAGCCUAAAGGAUGGACUUCAUUUACAGUUUGUGGAAAGCUUCGUCGCCUUGUCAAAGUGAAAAAGGUGGGGCAUGCUGGAACAUUGGAUCCCAUGGCAACUGGCUUAUUGAUUGUAUGCAUUGGUAAAGCGACUAAAGUAGUAGACAGUUACCAAGGUAUGAUUAAGGGUUAUAGUGGAGUUUUCCGCCUAGGUGAGGCAACUUCAACUUGGGAUGCUGAUUCGCCAGUUAUUCAGCGUGAGCCUUGGGAGCACAUCAAAGAUGAUGACAUAAGGAAAGCAACUGCAUCUUUUAAUGGGGAAAUUUGGCAAGUUCCUCCGAUGUUCUCUGCCAUCAAAGUUGGAGGCGAGAAGAUGUAUGAGAAAGCUAGAAGAGGAGAAAGUAUUGAGCUUUCACCUAGAAGAGUUUCAAUUUUUCAGUUCAACAUAGAGCGAAGCUUAGAAGACAGACAAAAUUUGAUUUUUCGAGUGGUAUGCUCCAAAGGAACUUACAUUCGAUCACUAUGUGCUGACUUUGGAAAAGCUCUUGGCAGUUGUGCUCAUUUGACUGCUCUUCGUAGAGAUUCAAUUGGCGAAUACUCGGCAGAUAAUGCAUGGGAGUUCAAAGAGCUGGAAGAGGCAAUUACCAAAAAUUAUUUCUAGUUGGUGAUACCAGAUAUAUUUCUUGCAAACAAAAAUUCAUGAUUUGUGAAGCCUGAGAUUCCAACUUUUCUUUAUAAAGUCAGCAUUUUGUUGAAUUACUAGACACUGUAGUUCUCUCUUUCCAGCAGGUGCAUAUAAAAACCAAUGUGUGUGCCAAGUCAAAUUGAAACUGGUUACUGAAUAGAAUCAAAUUAUAAAAGAUUUGGUUUGAAAUACUAAUAGUUCUUGGUUUUUCAAUUUAA